GCGUGGAACUUGGUGGGUCGACGAGAUUCGGCAAGGAUUCAGUCAGUUAUCGCGUAGCCGCCGUGUGUAACAGACAGUCUUACGACGCAUCGUCUGGAUUCUGGAAUCUAGUGGAUAUUUAAAGCUGGAGUUUGUUCGGUAGCCGAGUGCAUUAAAUUAACAUAAAAUUUGAGUUUCGAUUUACAUUUAGCCUCCAUAAAUUGAUUGGGUGGGUGCGAAAGUGUUGCCUAUAUAUGGGGCAUGGGCACAGCUAACAACAGCAAUACUGUAAAUGUACGAGUAAAUGUAAAAUUCAGCGCUAAAGUGCCGACACGGAAAAGUACGAGUAUACGAGUGUGCAUUCUAAAAAUAACAAAGAAGACAAGUGGGAUAAAAACAGCAACGGUUACGGUGUAAAGUUCCACAGCAAACUCAGCCAGCAAAAGCAAAAGGCACAAACAAACAAACAAAUAAACGAAUACAGAAAGAAACCCCGAACAAACAUCAGUGAAGGUUAUCCCACGGUGGUGUGGUGUGCCCCUUGAAAUCCGGAGAGUGUAUGCGUCCGGAAUUGUGUAUGUGGGUGUGUGGGUGAGCGCCGAAAGGCAAGUGCAAGAAAUGUGCAAAGUAAUGUGCUGCAACUAAAGUGAAAUGCCAUCCGUGAAAUCCCCUAAAAGUGAAAUUCUUCCUGGGAUUAUUAGAAGCGACAGCCCCUGCCACAGCUACAGACUAAGGAGCACCAGUACCAGCAACAGCAGCAUGACCAACGACAAUUCCUUAAGGCUCCGUCUACUGCUGUUGAGCAACAUUUUCGGAUUACUCAGCUGGACCCAGGCUUUGCCCUUCGAGUAUUUAGAUGAGCACGAUGACUUCAACUAUGACCUGGACACGGCCCAAUCCCAGGCCAAGUACGACGCCCGUCUUCUAUCCCAGCAAAUGCUCAGCGACGCCGAGCUCCUCCAGCAGGCCGAAGGCACUGGCCCACACACGGUAAGACCUCAGGGAGGGCUUUCUGAUGGCUCAGUCGAGGAUUUGGAGCCGCACAGUCGGGCAGCCGCCUGCUUCACUAACGGCCACAAGUACACACAUGGACAGAAGGUGCCGCGCCAGGAUGCCUGCGAAGUGUGCCUCUGCAUGGACGGAGAGAUAUUCUGCUGGUGGGAGCGAUGCGAUAAGGCCAAUGCAAACAAGGUGAAGGCAACGGCCGCAGGAAACGCCAACGACAACGCCAACGACAAUGGAAAAGGCAAAGGCAAAGGAGGUGGCUUUGGUGUUGGAUUCGGCUUUGGCGGUGGCAAUGGCGAUGGCGAUGGCGCUGCUGCUGCUGUUGGUGUUGGUGACUAUUCAGAUCCAUAUCGCUAUGAGAGCAGCACGAGAAAGUCAACAAAAGUGCAUAAAACGGCUGGAAAAGUUGGCAAGCGGCGCAACCAUCGCAGGAAUCAAAAGAAUUUUAAUGACUACGAAGUUUUCCACAGCCACAAGCAGCAGCAGCAGCAGCCAACGGAUUAUAAAAAGUCACCCAUAAACCAGAAACAACAACAACAACGGCAGCAGCACGAGCAUCAGAUACAAAAACAAAAGAAUGGCGAUGCCACCAACUACAAUAUAAUCAAGCAACACAAACACGAGCAGCAUCAGAAGGUGGCCGAGACGCAGCAGCAGGAGCUAGAACACGAGCAGGACCAUAGUCUGGUGGCUUCGACAGUUAAUCAGGCGGCGGCAAAGGAAACGCAUUAUCAGCAGCCAGCAACAACCACGCCCUCGCACCAGCAGGAGGAGGAGGAGCAGCAGCAGCAUCAGCAGCAGAAGCAGAAGCAACAUAGCUCCCAUCCACAGAGGCCACAGCAUUCGUCCAGCAAGAUCUUAAAUUUUCCCGAAAACUUGCCGGCCCUGCUUUAUUACGACUACAAGACGGAGGAGCAUGAGCAUCAUCAGCAUCAGCAUCAUCAGCAGCACUUGCUGCAUGAAAAGCAACGCUUGCAACAUCAACAGGAGGCGUUGGCCCGACAAAAGCCACCAGCAGAUGCAGUCGUUGAACUCCAUACCGACUUGGGCGUUGAUAAAAACUUUGAUGAGGCGGAAACCGACAGCGAUAUUUUGCCAGAGCCGCCAACCAAGCGCCCCAAGGCAACAGCACCCACACAAUGGACAACGAGCAGCAGCCCCAGAAGCAGCAUGGCCAAGGCGUCGAUGACAAACCAGGCAGCAACAUCCACAACGGUGACAACGACAACGAUGACUACGACAGGAACAAAUGCCAUAGCGACGGGCAGACUGUCUAGUCAGGACAGUGGAGGAGCUAAAGCUGGAUAUGGGGCCACAGUUGCAGCCACAAAUCUGCAACCGGAUAAGAGCGGUGGCAAGGACCUGGACGAUGCAUUUCAUCGGUGGCUGACAUCGACGGAGCUGAAUGCUGACAGCACAAACACACCGGACGAUGCCUCGGAGCAGGAAACAGCAGCAUCGACAAUAAUCGAUGAUGUUGCCAUCAGUAACAAGAGUGACAGCGGCACCAGAGGCAAUGGCAGUGGGAGUGGCAGUGGGAGUGGGAGAGGUGGCAGCAGCAAAGACAAUGCCAGGAACAACGUUGCCGAUGCUGUCUUCUUCCGCAGCUCGUACAAUGAUUACAGCAGCGAAUUCAAUGGGAGCGUUGUCAACAUUGACAUUACACUAACUGCAGUUGAUGUGCAUCCCCGACGCCAAACGGAUUUAAUUGCAAAUGGCAACAGAACAUCAUGUGUGAGUACGGUGGCAACGCCAGGAAUCGCUGAAACGCCAGAAACAACAGCAGGGACAACAAUGGACAAACAGGCAAACGACAGGAGGAGCACCGUACCCGUCACCAGCAGCAGCAGCAUCAGUACCCCCACCAGCGACAAUCAGGAUCAACCUCUGGCGAGUGGCAGCCCAGUGGUGGCACCGUAUACGCUGACAACGAUUAUAACAACAACGCCGCUGGCACCAGGGCGUAUGUGCAAUGUUUUGGGCAAACUGUAUAAAAUUGGCGACAUUCUGCCCCAGGAUACGGGCAACUGUCUGCAGUGCAUUUGCACGGAUGCGGUGACGCCCGACGAGAUGCCGAGCGUCACCUGCAGCCCCCACAACUGCCCGCCCCUGGUGCUGCCGGAUCUGUUCGAUGCGACUGGUUACUGAGGUUACGGGCUGGUGCUGUAAGCUGGGUGCCGUGCCGGGCUUGCUUCCGGUCACCGGGAUGGCGGCAAUAACGAAAUGAUUGCAUUGAUCAAACAGUAAAUUCGAUUGAGAUGUGGCAGCCGCAGCUGCAGCAGAGGAAGCGCUUUGGGUAGAGCCAAUUUUCAGUCAGUCUCUCAACUAACUCAAGCAUAAAUUGUAUGGAUUUCAAUGUAAAGCCCUCCCUAUCACGAGUGUCUCUAGGCACUCUCUAAAAACGAAUACCUAUCAGCAAACAUAUAACUAAUUCACAUAUAUACGAGUAUAUACCGAUCAACUAAGAAAGAAAGAGAGAGAGGGAGAGAGAGACGGGCGUAAUCUAGUUUGUAAGCUGAAUAUUUAUGCAUUUUAUAAGAAUGCGAAGUAUCUCUCUCGUUCAUAUGUAGUGGAUCAAACACCACAAUCCCCAACCAACCAACCAACCAACCAUUGAUGUAUACAGCAGUAGAAAUUUUAAAGAAUUUAUAGAUGUACUUCAGCAGAAUAUAUACACUACACAACAUAUAUAUAUAUAUAUAAAUCUAUACCUAUAUCUACACCCAUAACUAUAUCUAUGUAUGUAUUAAAUUCAGUUUGGACUUUGGACACAAAUUCAUUUCAUGACUGAGACAAUGGAGUGCAAGGUUUUUCUUAUACAAUUUAUUGAAUGGUUGGAGGGUAAAAACCUACAAAAACAUACAAAUAUAGGCAACUAAAUCUAUAACGAAAAAAACUGAACAAUGACAAAUAAUGAAUUGUGUAAUAUUAUAAUUUAUUUGUUAAACAAAACCAGAACAAUGUAUUUUUUAUUUGCAUAAAAAAAAUCUCUUUUUUCACGCUUUCUUUAGGCAUUUAAACAUACGUAACGAGAAAACCACAAUAUAUAUGAUACAAUAUAUUAUGAGUAAAUAUGGAAAUUGUUUUAACAAAGCUAAAAUGAGCAAAGAAAGACACCAUAUCGAGUAAAACUAACAGUUUUAAGACACAAGAAAAAAAACACACACACAAUAUAUGUAUGCAUGUAUGUAUGUUCAACUAUACUGACGAUUAUAUGUGUGUGUACGUGUAUGUAUACUUAGUGAGUCUCAUAUAUGUAUGUACGAGUAGUUUGACGAUUGAAUGAAUCAGGUUUUUAAAAAUUGUUUUCGUUUUACAUUAAUUUUAAAGCAAGUUUUGGCGUGAUAACCAUCGAUUAAUGCGGAGAGAGUAAAAUUAAGUGAACUAUACUUGAAAAGUAGACAUUUAAAUUUCGAAUAUAAAAAACAAAUCAAAGGUAAACUCAAUGGAGAUUUACGUACACACACACACACACACACACACACACACACACAAAUGCUCGACCAGGUCUAGUCGAGAACACAUUACACUAAAAUAUCUAAAAUCAAAAUGAAAAUCAAACGAAAAUAUACGUACUUGCAUGAAAUACACAUACAUAAAUAUUUAAUAUUGAUGUUCCACAGAAUACGAGCAACAAAAUAGAACAAAUUGAACUUCGGUAAAGCGUAUACAGCACCUAAAUAUAUGCGUAUAGUAUAUAAAUAUAUGGUAUUUGUGUAACAUAAAUGUAACUAGCUAAAGCUCUCUACUAACACUUGAUACACGAUACAUAUACAUCUACAGAUACAGUUACAUAUAGUAUGUGUGCGUUUAAAUUGAUUUUGUGUGUUUGAAUCAAAUUGAAAUCCAAUUGACGUGAAUAAACUGAAACCCAUCUAAGGACU